AGGUGUGGCAUCAUCAUGAGCUAAAAUUCCCUCUCUUUUAAUACUCCAAGUUCGCUCUUUUAGAAGAGAAAAAACAUAAAGAUCCAUAAACAUCAAGAUAUACUAUACUAAGGAUGUCUCAGAAAAGAAUAUCUUUUGAUCGAAAAGAUUACUCCGAUCAAUGCCAAAUCUUAGUUCCUCUAGCAAAGUUUAUUUUUUUCGCAGUCGUCUUGCCUUCUAUCUUGCCUCAUGCAGAUGCAUUUGAUCCAUUGGAUCCAUUUGGGAACAUCACAAUUAAAUGGGACGUCAUGUCUUGGACACCAGAUGGCUACGUGGCUGUUGUAACGAUGAAUAAUUUCCAAAUGUAUCGGCAUAUUAUGAGCCCUGGAUGGACUUUAGGAUGGAACUGGCCAAAGAAAGAAGUGAUAUGGUCCUUAGUGGGAGCACAAACAACAGAGCAAGGUGAUUGUUCCAAGUUUCAAGGAAAUGUACCACACUGCUGCAAGAAGGACCCUAUACUUGUUGACUUGCUUCCUGGAGUUCCCUAUAAACAACAGUUCAGCAACUGCUGCAAAGGUGGGGUCCUCGCGUCUUGGGGUGAAGAUCCUUCAGAGUCGGUAUCUGCCUUUCAGAUUAGUGUUGGACUUGCUGGAACAUCAAACAAGACAGUAAAACUACCCAAGAAUUUCAGUUUGCUUGGUCCAGGACCAGGCUACAGUUGUGGCCCUGCAAAGAUAGUGCCGUCCACGGUUUUCCUCACUGAUGAUCAUAGGCGAAAAACUCAAGCAUUGAUGACCUGGAACGUGACAUGCACCUAUUCUCAGUUUCUUUCAUCCAAGUACCCGAGUUGUUGUGUUUCUUUCUCAACUUUCUACAAUGACACGAUCACUCCUUGCCCAUCCUGUGCUUGUGGUUGCAGUCAUAAACACAAUUGCAUCAUGGGAGACUCGGAAAAAUUGAAAAGGAAGGGAAUAAACACUCCAAAAAAGGAUAAUGAACCACUGCUACAAUGCACGCACCACAUGUGCCCAAUAAGAGUGCAUUGGCAUGUUAAGAUCAAUUACAAGGAUUAUUGGAGAGUCAAGAUUGCUAUCACUAACUUCAACUACAGAUUGAACCAUACACAGUGGACACUGGUAGCACAACAUCCUAAUCUCAACAAUGUCACUCAAGUUUUCAGCUUCAACUACAAGCCUCUCGUCCCUUACCAAUCCAUUAAUGACACUGGCAUGUUCUAUGGUAUGAAGUUUUACAAUGAUCUCUUGAUGGAAGCUGGACCUUCGGGGAAUGUUCAAUCUGAGGUGCUUAUGCAAAAAGAUAAGAACACAUUUACACUGAAAUCAGGAUGGGGAUUUCCUCGGAGAGUCUACUUUAAUGGAGAUGAAUGCAAACUUCCCCCUCCGGAUUCAUACCCAAAAUUGCCCAACUCUGCUGAAAAAAUAUCAUUUUCAUUUCCAAGAACUGCAAUUUGCACGAUUUUGAUGAUUUUCCUCAUCUGGUAACGGAAAAAAUAACUCAGCAACAACAUAUUUUACUGGCGCUUCUCAUAACAUUUAGAUUGUGUUCCAUCAUCAAGAGCUUGUUCCGGUUGUUUUAAAUCGCGUGCAUGUGGAUAGGAUAGUGAAAUUGAACCUUGUUCAUUUUAUUGUAUGUAUAUCCGGAGAUAACAAUUGUCUUAUGUACAAGAUUCUU